CCGAUGGACAAUAUCCAAGUUGCGCUUUCUAGAAAAAAAAUGCUGCCAUUACAGUAAUGAUGACGCACCGCUGCUGUCGGCUGCAGGUUGAAGAGCAAGGAUCGCGGAGCACCAGGAAGAGAGAGUUGUUUGGAGGAAUUUGUUGGUAAAAACAAAGUUAGUUAUACCCUGACGAACUAAUAGUGCCAUGACGUAAACAACACAUCAUGGCUCAAAAUAAAAGCAACACAGUCGUAUUGCAUGCACAGUUCAUCUGUGCUCAUGACUGACGUACCGCGGGCGGACGGGAAUGCCCAAAGGGCCGUAUGCGGCCCGCGGGCCGUGAAAUGCCCAGGUCCGUUAUAGAUGAAAGACAGAUUUGUACUGAGUUGCACACGGCUGCCUAAAAUGUUUUGCUUAUUGUUAAAACAAAUUCAUUACUGAAAGUGUAAUACAUGUCAGCUAACAGCCUUUAGCGCAUUAAUGCAGUGGAGCUGGAGACAAAUACGAGUCCCCUCCCCUGGAAUUUGGGGUGUCAGUGUGCGAGAGCGGCCUCAAAAGGGGGAGAGGGUGGUGGGAAUUUGACCCAACUAAGUGGGGCAAAGAAAAUCCUUACAAUGGCUGAAUGGGAGUUGCGCCUUGUAGAAGCAGAAAGUGCACUGCUUGAGAACCUAUAUGAGAGUCGCCCGAAAAAAGAAUGAUCACACUGAAAAGAGCCUCUGCACUCAUCCUGAGAAGAGGAGUCACAACUUACCAGAGGACUUUAUGUAGAAAAGAUGGUCUCUUCAGAGUUCACCCAUCUGUGUCGCAGGCCUUGGCAGAAAACAAACCAGUGGUUGCACUCGAGAGCACUAUAAUCACACAUGGCAUGCCCUAUCCACACAACCUGAGUACGGCAAAGGAGGUGGAGGCCAUCGUGCGAGCUGAGGGAGCCACUCCAGCCACGGUCGGCGUGAUAGAUGGUGAAGUCCGCGUUGGGCUGUCACCAGAGGAGCUGGACCACCUUGCCCAGUGCAAGAGCUCCCUGAAGGUGUCACGACGCGACCUGCCCUAUGUCAUCAGCAAAGGCCUCUCUGGAGGAACAACGGUGUCGGGAACUAUGAUCGCAGCACACAGAGCUGGGAUCCCUGUCUUUGUCACGGGAGGCAUUGGAGGAGUUCACAGAGACGGAGAGAACAGUCUGGACAUCAGCGCAGAUCUGACAGAGCUCGGCAGGACUCCCAUCGCUGUGGUUUCUGCUGGGGUCAAGUCUAUUCUAGACAUAGGUCGCACCCUGGAGUUCCUUGAGACACAAGGUGUCUGUGUAGCCACGUAUGGAGCGUCCAAGAAUUUUCCAGCUUUCUUCUCUCCCCAAAGUGGAUUCGCUUCUGCGUACAACGUCUGCGACCCCGAAGAAGCCGCAAAACUAAUUGAGAGUACUUUGACCCUUGGUCUUCAAAGUGGUGUCCUGUUAGCAGUGCCCAUCCCUGAGGAGCAAGCAGCAGCAGGUCGGCAGAUAGAGGAAGCCAUACAGGCGGCAGUGACAGAGGCGAGUGAUAAAGGUGUCACAGGAAGAGAUGUGACACCAUUCAUUCUUCAGAAGGUCAAUGAGCUGACUCAAGGAAAGUCCCUCCAGGCCAACAUUGCUCUCAUUCACAACAACGCUAAAGUUGGCAGUCAGAUUGCCUGUGCACUGUCAAAGCAGAAGAAUGAGAGAAUAUUAAAAAGCAGAUCUCAUCCUCCUGGAAAACUCUCAGCGGACUCACAACCAGAUAUUAUCGUUGUGGGAGGAACAAAUGUUGAUUUUAUCGCCAAAGGAAAAACAAAAACGCUCCACUUUGGACAUACCAACCCAGGAAGUGUCUGUCAGUCCUUCGGUGGUGUGGGACGGAACAUCGCUGACUCUCUGAGUAGAUUACGACAGACGCCUCUGUUCAUCUCAGCUGUUGGAACUGAUACAAACAGCGAUGCAGUGUUGAACUACUGUAAACAUAUGAACACAAGUGCUGUGGCCAGACUAGAGGAUCAAAGCACAGCCACCUACUGUGCUGUUAUCACUGAGAGCGGAGAACUGAGCCUCGGACUGGGGGACAUGGACAUUCAUCGUCACAUCACGGAGCAUUACGUGUCACAGUUUGAGAAGCAGCUCUCAUCCGCCACUCUCGUGUGUCUCGAUGGAAACAUCCCCGUCUCCACCAUCAACUAUGUUUGUUCUGUUGCCAAAAACCACAACGUAAAUGUGUGGUAUGAACCGACGAGUGUAGAAAAGGUAGGUAAGCCUUUCUUGUCAGACGCCUGGAAGUCUCUAUCCUAUUCAUCCCCAAACCUGGCAGAGUUGUGCACUAUGAAUAAAACGCUGGGCAUCAAGACACCUGAAGUGCUGCCAAGCACUCUUGAUGAGAUGCUGCGCGUUGCUGUGACUCUCUCACGCCCCCUCCUGGAGCAUCUUCAUUGCCUGGUGGUGACUCUUGGCGCUGACGGUGUGUUGCUGUGCGGCGAGCACGACGCAGGCACAGUCAGCCUGCAGCCAAGAAAACAAAAGAAGAAGAGACAGCUUUGUGCUCUACACUACCCAGCGCUGGCUGUAACUCCAGAGGAGACAAUGAAUGUGUCAGGAGCAGGAGAUAGUCUUGCAGGUGCCUUAAUGGCAGGGAUUCUCCAGGGGAAAGACACGGACAGCUGCGUUCGAAUGGGACUCUUAGCUGCGAAGACGUCUCUGGCAUCGCCACAUCCUAUUUCCCCAACACUGACUUUAGACUCUGUGGAUCCCCACAAAAUCCAGACUCAGACCUGGCCCAGACCACGCUUUAUGUGGAUAGAAUGAAAUUUAAAUAUUUGCCUUUUGUUUGACUUUCAACUAUUUGAUGAUUUUCAGAUUUGACAUUUGUGAUUUGAUCCUGUGUAAUAUUUUGUCUAAAUAAAUGAAACUUAAAGUUAUGACAUAUUUCACAAUCCCAUUAAAUCCAAUUUUAUUUGAUGUUUUAUAUUAUUCUAUAGCAAUUGAUUUCUUGGCGAAAUACACAAAGUGGCCUUGUCUUGAAUGUUAUUUGACAUAGUAACUCAAAUCCUUGUAAAUAAAGAAAGUAAAAUUACAAAUUCUAA